GUCUCUGAUUGGUGGGUGUGUUUCUAUGGGUAACAGAAAGUCAGAAAGCGGAAUGGCGUUCCUUCAGUGGGGUGUUGAGGAGGUGGCGGAGUGGAUAGAGUCUCUCGGAUUCCCCCAGUAUACGGCAUGCUUCACUGAGAACCUCAUCACAGGCAGAAAGCUAAUUUAUGUAAACUGCCGUUACUUGCCACGACUGGGAAUGACUGACUUUCAACAUAUGAAGGCUAUCUCAGCUCAUGUCCGAGAGUUGCUUGGUGUCUCUGAGCCAUUGUGGAGUCGCAGUAUUGCAGACCCCCCACGGGACAACAUGGGGAUGUUUCUGGAAAUAAAGAGCAGAACUGGGAACAGGGCUGAUUCUCUCACUUACAAACAGUUCCUCAACGACCAGAAGGCCUGAGCACUUCAGCAGUUACGCAGUUUUUUACAAAUGUACUACUACAUUCUCAAGUGUGUGACUGGAGGGCUUUCUCCCCAUUCUUUUCCUUCAGUGUGAAUCUGAAAUUGUAA